AUGCUGAAGACGUGGUGCCUGGCAGCUCUGUGCAGCUCCAUGGUGUUCACUGGCACUCAGUCAGAAACAAAUACAGUCCUCAGAGUGAGCAAAGAAGUCCUUACUAAUGCCAUUUCUGGUACCCUGGAGCAAGGAGAUGCUCUACAAUCAGCCCUGAGAGAGGUUCCCCUUGGUGCUGGUGGUGUUUCCUAUAAUGACUUCCAUGUUCGGGAACCCCGCCCAAAAUACACCAAUGGAAAGCAACUUGGAGGGAAUUACAAAUAUGGCAUCAUUGAUCCCAAUGAAAAUACUGCUAAUCUUGGUGGCAAAUACAGAUAUGGUGAAAUAUUAGAAACAGAUGGGACCACCAGGGAUCUUCGAAAUGUCAAUAAUGCAUAUGGAGGCACUAGAGGCCGUGGUGGUCGUAAUUAUAGAUCUGUUGAAGUUCCAAUUGCUAGAAAUCAGCGUCGUGAACUGCUCCCUGGAGAGAUCCCUCCUGGUGUGGCCACUGGGGCAUUGGGCCCAGGAGGGCUGCUGGGCACGGGAGGGAUGCUGGCAACAGAUGGCAUCCUGUCUGGACAAGGGGGCUUGCUUGGUGGUGGUGGUCUUCUGGGAGAUGGAGGCCUUCUUGGAGGAGGAGGAGUCCUUGGUGUCCUUGGUGAAGGUGGCAUCCUCAGCACUGUCCAGGGAAUCACAGGGUUGAGAAUUGUGGAACUAACGCUCCCCCGUGUGUCUCUGAGGCUCCUGCCCGGUGUGGGAGUUUACCUGAGCUUGUACACUCGAGUGGCCAUCAAUGGCAAGAGUCUCAUUGGUUUCCUGGACAUUGCUGUAGAAGUGAAUAUCACUGCCAAAGUCCGGCUGACCAUGGACCGCACAGGCUAUCCGCGGCUGGUCGUCGAGAGAUGUGAUACCCUCUUGGGAGGCAUCAAGGUCAAACUCCUUCGGGGCUUGCUCCCUAAUCUUGUGGAUAACUUAGUGAACAGAGUCCUGGCCAACGUUCUUCCAGACCUGCUCUGUCCAAUUGUGGAUGUCGCUCUGGGCCUUGUCAAUGACCAACUGGGUCUCGUGGAUUCUUUGAUACCACUUGGCAUAUUGGGAAGUGUUCAAUAUACCUUUUCAAGUCUUCCAUUGGUGACUGGUGAAUUCCUGGAGCUGGACCUAAAUAGUCUUGUUGGAGAGGCUGGAGGAGGUCUUAUUGACUAUCCAUUGGGCCGACCAGCCACCAGGCCAAGGCCCCAGAUGCCAGACUUGCCACCCAUGGGUGACUCAACCAAUUCCCAACUUGCAAUUUCUGCCAACUUCCUGGGCUCGGUGUUGGCUCUCCUGCAGAAGCAAGGGGCACUGGAUAUAGACAUCACUGAUGGCAUGUUUCCUGAGCUCCCUCCUCUAACCACGUCCACUCUGGGGGCCCUGAUCCCUAAGGUUUUCCAGCAGUAUCCUGAGUCACGACCAUUGACCAUAAGAAUCCAGGUCCCCAAUCCUCCUGAUGUCUCUUUACAAAAAGAUGAAGCUUUAGUGAAGGUCUUUGCCACUGCAGAAAUCAUGGUGUCCCAACCAAAUGAUGUGGAAACUACUAUCUGUCUUCUUGAUGUGGAUACUGAUCUCCUGGCUUUCUUUUCUGUGGAAGGUGAUAAGCUUAUGAUCGAUGCCAAGCUGGACAGGACAGCACUCACCUUGAAAACUUCAAAUGUGGGCAAUUUUGAUGUUGGCUUGAUGGAAGUGCUGGUUGGCAAGAUUUUUGACCUUGCUUUCAUGCCGGCGAUGAAUGCUGUGCUAGGCUCUGGAGUUCCGCUCCCCAAAAUAUUGAACAUCGACUUCAGCAAUGCCGAUAUUGAUGUCUUGGAGGACCUCCUUGUGUUGAGUGCAUGA